AUGAACCCCACCACUGCUCUCAUCCUCCUUGUCACCCUGACUGCGACAACACCUUCCUCGUUGAGCCACUGCACUGGACUACAAACAGACUACCAUUUCCUCGACUAUCACAAGGUCGAAACGGGAGGGAAGUCCAACCCGGACCGAAUGGGGGACUUUGAGUUCUGCCUUCCAGAAUCUCGAACUCUACUGCGUCAUUCCCUGGUACCCCGGCUCACCGACAGCGCAUACUGGGAACUCUUCAUCCGAGAUAAGGACUUACGUCGCAUCGGGUCAGCUGCCCUCACACUUGAUCACUCCUUUUACCGGCUGAAAUGUUAUAAUGGAACUUACCUACUCUAUAACAACGGAGAAGUCACACGCAGCCCUAACUGGACCGAGGCCGAACUGGGAACGGCCUCCCACGUAUACACAGACCCCAAUCACCCCUCCGAGAACUUGAUCUUUGGGUUCCAGUGCCUCCUCACGACCCCAAAACCCCACAAGCCCCAACUCCAAGGACUUUGCCUCAGACGAUUCUGCUGCCUUUGGAACUUGGGAGUCACCCGUGAUUGGAAGGGAGCCGACUACCUAGAAGGGUGGCACCAUCCCAUACACCCCUCACGCUCUCCUUCAUGGGACAACGUUGGGCCUCUGAGGUGCGGCGGCAUUGCCCGGGAUAGGCGGCUCCUAAAUACCUCUGACCCACUCCACCCAUUUGGCACUGCACCUCGACGACUAGGCCCUGCACCUGCCCUCCCAGGAGAAGACCUUCUUUCCUCCUGGGAACAGAACUCCUACAUCAAACUUCUCAGCCAGGUCGCUAAAGAAGCACCAUACCCCGAUUGCUGGAUUUGCGCUCAUGCUCCCAGCCACCUUCAACAGAGUCUACCCCUGGUCCCGGUGCCAGUGACCUUAGAACAAUUUCGCUCCGGAGAUGUCGUCUCCUGGAACCUAACUGCAUUAAAUCUAACACACCAAUAUCUGUACCUCACCGGCCCCACGAAAGGACCCCUUUGCCGCAGUUUCACUGGAGAGGGAACCUUCAUCGGAUCCAGUACCUGCAAUACUGACUUAGAAAUCCUAGCCGAUGGCCAAGUCACCAUCACUGACCCACGUGGUUCCCAGACCUUCCCCAAUCUCACCAUUGCAUGGGCUACUGCUGUCAGCCAACCCCCCACCUGGCAACCACAACUCACAGACUUUAUGCUGUUACAGACUUUUGCUUCAGGAAGGAUGGAAUCUUACCUCAGUGGCUUAUUCUGGAUUUGCGGACACCGCGCAUAUACUUGGGUGAGCCCACACAUGUCGGGCUCCUGUUUUGUGGGGUACAUCGUCCCCGGAAUUAGAGUUGUCCCACACCUGCCCCCCGGAAGACAGAGGAAUAAAAGGGACCAAACACAGCUGUCAGACCUCUCAGACGUUGCUGCAAAUGGAGAAACCGUAGGCCGUGCCCUCUUUCCCGCCUAUGGAGCCGGAUCUAACCAUGUAGACAUUCUUCGCCUUACAGACAUUCUCCUCAAAUUUAUGCAAGAAGCCACUCAGAUUACCGACUCCUUGGUGUCCGAACUAUCCGAGGUAAGACAACUCAGUCUACAGACCAGGAUUGCAACCGACUUCCUGCUGUCUAGUCAAGGAGGGACAUGCGCCCUAAUAGGAGCUGAGUGUUGUACAUAUGUAACCGAUCAAUCCCUCAAUAUAACUGGACAUUUAAAUAAUAUCCAUGAACUAGCAGGAAAGCUACAAGAUAUACAACAUGAAGGGCUGUCCGAUGUAGACUUGUGGGGAUGGUUACCCAAGUUAGGAUGGCUCCGACAGUUACUGAAAGUCGUAAUUUCUACUGUUUUAAUUGUUAUCCUUUGUGUCCUGACCCUCUGUUGUGCCAUACAUUGUAUUCCUCCCUGCUGUUCCCUUCUUCGCUGCCCGACUCAAGCUACCUCUCUCUCACUCCGAGCGUAUUCCCGCUCACAGCGUACCCCUACUUUCCCAGAAUAUGUACAGAUGAGGCAUUUAGGGGAAGGGGAAUACGAGAUCACUCAGAUCUAGGUGCGGAGAAAGGAUUUGCAAGUUCUUGCAGAACUUUGACGCAAAUCUAUCUCCGAAUGGGGGACUGAUACGGUAAACGGGGGUCCACCCUCCCACGUCCGAAACGAUGACCUCAAGAGCGCCCACUACACUCUGCACCCCUUCCCCAGCCUCUUCACUGUCGCACAAGCACCACACACAACCCUUUUCCCCUUUUCCACGGGCGAAAUAAGCCCAAAACUCCCAAGCCCCUAUCCCUUCUCUCGCUCCAUCUUUAUUAUGAGUCGACCGUGUCAAAAUACAUCCCCGUUUGUUCCAAUGGCCGCGUCUUGACCAAUCAGAUACGUGCAUCUGCUCUGCAGAACCAGCUCAGCGAGCCUCUGCACGCCUCAUUUAACCUCUUGACAAGCUGCUGA